UUGAUAUAGGCAGAGCCGUCCUCAUACACCAGAGGUUAUGGCUGAGGACUUCGUAAAGAGGAGAGAAGAGGAAAACUCUGAUUAUUUGAGUGGGACUAUGCGUUAAUCUGCGUUUAUGUGAUUUGUUUUACGCAGCGGCUGUAAUGAGUUCUAAACCGAGGAGGCGCUGAACCUGCUACAAUGUCACAUGCGCAGGUUGAGAUCCCAGGACGCGGUUUCCCAGGCCUCCCUGUGGAUAUGACGGACGACUGCUUGUCCCGGGUCCCCUCCGUGCUGAGGACGCUCGGUUGUGGCGCACGGAGAAACUCUUACGGGCUUCAGAAAAUUACCAUGGACAUCGAUUCGCCUCUGUACAGCGGCGCCCUUUCCAAAGCCUUGUCCUGGUCCGCUGAGAAUAUCCCAACGCUGUCCGAGUCCAGGGCAGAGGAUGAAAAAACCGACGAGUCCCCACCGUCGCCCUCCCCAGUUUCCAGCCCGGGCACCAGCUCCAACACGCCCCCCAGCAGCCAGGAGCCCGCAGCCGGGUCUCUAGGUGGGAACUGGGAUCCCGUCCCGAGGUCCAGCGCCCGGGACCCCAACUCGGAGUCUGAUAAUGAACUUCCGAACAAGCAGCACAAGAAGCACAAUAUCUCGCCUCGCACCAUGUUUGAUGCCCAGUGGGAGCAGGAACAGAGAGAGGACGUGGAGACCAAAGCGGUGGCGACGUCGCCCGAUGGGAGAUACCUCAAAUUCAACAUAGAGAUCGGAAGGGGGUCCUUCAAGACGGUCUAUAAGGGACUGGACACAGAGACGACAGUGGAGGUUGCAUGGUGUGAGCUACAGACCCUUAAACUGACCAAAGCGGAGCGACAGCGCUUCAGUGAGGAGGUGGAGAUGCUGAAGGGCCUGCAGCACCCGAACAUCGUCCGCUUCCACGACUCCUGGAAGUCGACGGUGAAGGGCCACAAGUGCAUCAUCCUGGUGACUGAACUCAUGACCUCAGGCACGCUCAAAACGUACUUGAAGAGGUUCAAGGAGAUGAAACUGAAGCUACUGCAGCGCUGGAGUCGUCAGAUCCUCAAAGGGCUUCACUUCCUGCACACGCGCACUCCUCCCAUCAUCCACCGGGACCUCAAGUGUGACAACAUCUUCAUCACCGGCCCCAUCGGCUCCGUCAAGAUUGGAGAUCUUGGUCUGGCCACUCUCAAAAGUGCCUCUUUCGCUAAAAGUGUCAUUGGAACACCAGAGUUCAUGGCCCCAGAGAUGUACGAGGAGAAGUACGACGAAGCGGUGGACGUCUACGCCUUUGGAAUGUGCAUCCUGGAGAUGGCCACCUCUGAGUACCCGUACUCCGAGUGCCAAAACGCCGCCCAGAUCUACCGCAAAGUCACCAGUGGAAUGAAACCUGAUAGCUUCUACAAAGUCAAAGUCCCGGAGCUCAAGGAGAUCAUUGAGGGCUGCAUUCGUAUGAACAACGAUGAAAGGUUCACCAUUCAGGACCUCCUGGAUCACCCCUUCUUCCAGGAGGACAACGGCGUGCACGUGGAGCUGGCGGAGGAGGACGACAUGGUGAAGUCGGGCCUGAAGCUGUGGCUGCGCAUGGACGACACCAAGAAGCUCCACGGGAAGUACAAGGACAACAACGCCAUCGAGUUCCUGUUUGAGCUCUACAAAGACGUGCCCGAGGAAGUGUCUCAGGAGAUGGUUGUGCUUGGCUUUGUGUGUGAGGCAGACUUCAAGCUCGUGGCCAAGGCCAUACGGGACAGGGUGGCGGCCAUCAAGCGGAAGCGAGAGAAGCUGAGGCGGCAGGCGGAGGAGCGGAAGAAGAAGCAGGAGCGAGAAGCCACAGAGGAGGAAGCGGAGACUCACCGUUCUUUACCUAAAGUCAGCGACGUCGUCGCCAGAGAGUCCCCCAUCCCGGCCCUGACGCCUCGGGCCCCCAUCCUGUCCCCCGUCACCAGCUCAGUGGACUCUGGAGUCAGCUCCAACUACCCUGCAGAGCCGGAGGAGCCAGAGGCAGACCAGCACUUCCACAUCCGCCACAACAGCUUGUCCUCAGCUAACUCUGACUGCGAGACGGAUGGCUAUCUGAGCCCCUCUGGGCUUCAGGAUCCGCUGGAGGCCGGCAGCUUCAACGCGUCCGGGACCCCUCCCACCACGCACACCGACGCGCUGACGGCUGCAAACGGCCUCCCCAUCCCGGCCCUCCGCUUCCCCUCGAGUAUUGCCGUAUCCAACAACAUAGAACAUGGCAACUCAGGGCUCCCCAGUGGCUUCAACUCUCCUGUGGACAGCUACGCCUCCGAUGUGACUUCGGGCUUGAGCGACGGCUACGAGGGCCUCUGCGAGAAGACGGCUGCGAGGCGAACGGCGGGGAAGCUGUUCAGGAGGAGGGCGCGCUCGAGGCUGCGCAUCACAGGGCUCUCUGAUAAAGUGGACCGCGUGGUGGAGUGUCAGCUGCAGACGCACAAUGACAAGAUGGUGACCUUUAAGUUUGACCUGGAUGGAGAUAACCCUGAAGACAUUGCUGCUGUCAUGGUGCACAAUGAGUUCAUCCUGCCGUCAGAGAAGGAGGGCUUCAUCUACCGCAUGGGCGACAUCAUCAAACGGGCCGAGGCUCUGAUGGCCAAAGAGCAGCCGGUCCACUCCAGCGGGCACCGGCUCCCUGCGCCGGCUUUCCACCACGGCGUUAACUCGUUGUCUUCCUCACAGCCUAAUCUGCACAGUCACAUCCUGCCUCGAACACACUCCUCCUCUUCUCUGCCCGACUUCAGUGUGGCUAUCCCAAACGUAGAGGCAUGUGGCUCUCCCCUGAGCCCCAAUGGAGACGUCUUCAGUGCAGACAUUACUUCACCUGGCCGACCUCUAAUCCGCUCGCAGUCUUUCCACAACGGUCCAGGGUCUCCCCUCCAUUAUCAGCACCACCACCCUGCAUCUCUCCUGCCGCACCACCAGCACUACCACUUGCCCUUCAUGGGCCACAAUAACUUCCCAUUCCAAUACCCAGGCUCUCCAGGUUCCCCCACGCCGGGCAUCCAUCCUCCCCUCACACGCGUAGCCAGUAACCCCACCUUCUCCUCCAUCCCCUCCCCGGGCCCCGGUUCCCCAAGUCAGAAUCACAAUGAGACCCAAAGCUCUGGCAGCAGUGAUGGUGUCGCCAUGUCUCCAUCUACCCCUCAGCAUCCCAACAUGUGGCCCGCCCACACGCAGCCUCUAUUUUCCUUAGCUAAUGUCAUCUCAAUGGCGAUGAGCAUGGCCCAGUCUUUCAUCCCACCUGCCGGCAUGCCCGCCCAGGGGAUGCUCUCCUAUCCAGGCUACCACCACCAGCUACCCGCUCGCAUGGCCCCACUGACAGGUUACCCCUCCAUGUACCCACAACAUUACCAGAACUCACCAGUAGAGGCUCAUUACCUCACAGCCCAGAACAACGUCUACCACAACCUUGAGAAUUUGCCUCUAAUGGAUGGAGCAGGUUUUCCUCAGAGCUGUCAUCCAAGCCUGCUGCAUCCUGUCUCUCCACUGUCUAUGCCUUCCACUCCUCCGCCGGCUCCUCAGGAGCCCUUUCAGCAGGUUGGACUCUUCAGUCCCACCGGCAUGACCCAGGAGGACAUUCUCCACGGUUAUGUGGCCUCAUACUUGCCACAGGUUCCAGUUCAGGCUGAACCCAAAUCAGAAGUCUCCAGUUCAAACUCAGAUCUUUCAACAUCUCCCCCUGAGAGCCCAGACAGCACUUUAUCAUCCUUCAGCACUCCAUUGCACCCUGCUAUACCUGAGAUGAAAACCAGCACCCCAAAACCAAAAGCCUCCUCUGAACCUGAAGUCCAGUCUGCACCCGUCACUGUGGGCCGAUUCCAGGUGACGCCCAGCAUGCACAUCCCUGCGCCCGCCGUGCCAGCCAGUGCCGUACCUGCUGCAGCGCCGCCGGCAGACAGCGGCAGCACCCCGUCAGAGAGCAGCACAGAGGAGCAGGGGGAGUCCGAGACGAGCCUGGGCACCUCCCUCACCCUGUCCCCUCCUCACCAGCAUCCCCACAGAGGGUCCACCACGGGGGACCUCCAGGGGGGGGACGGGCAGCUGGGAUGGAGCCAAGAGAAGCAGCAGGACAGAGAAGAAGAGGUGGAUGAUGAGGAGGAGGGGGAGGAAGAGGUUGUUGGGGAACGACAGAGGACGAGGAGGAGGUGUCGGAGGAGAGCGUACAGCCUGAGCCUGAUGGGGACGUCUGCGGACAGCGGACUCUCCGUGACGCCGGCUGAGAUGGAGGGGAGGCUGUGGGACGGAGCGACAGGCAGCCCGCAGUACAGCAACGCCCUUCAUCAUCUAUGGCUGAUGACUUACAACCGCAACGCUCCCUACAUCAGCAGCGACGACUCCGACAGCGACGACUCCGUCAUGCUGGAGGAGCUUCAGGAACUCAGAGAGAAACAUCUGACGGAGGUGCAGAGCCUGCAGGCCACCCAGAAGAGAGAGAUUGAGGAGCUGUAUGAGAAGAUGGGGAAGGUUCCCCCUCCGGGCAUCGUCUCUCCUGCCGCCAUGCUCUCCAGCCGGCAGCGCCGCCUCUCCAAGGGCAGCGGCUUCCCCUCGUCCCGCAGGAACAGCCUGCAGCGCUUGGACAUGUUGCCACUCCAAGGUAUCAUUAGGAGAAACUCCACUGGAGGCAGCAGCAGCGGCGGCUCCCAGGAUAAACUGAACAAACCUGGCGUCACCUUCGCCACUGACAUUAGUAGAAUGUAAGAAACUCUGCAGCCGAGCGCGCUGUGUAUCUGGACUACCUCAUCUGAAGUGUGACUGCAGGGGUCCAACUCCGUCCUGUGGGUGGAUCGCUUUAACACUUUUCACUGGCUCACCGAUCAGCAAACUGCUUCCCUCUGCCAGUGGUCAUUUACCUCAACGUAUAAAUAUAAAAACUGUCAUCGAUGGAGCUGGAAUUUACACAGGAACUGUAACAUCCAGCUUUCAGCCCUCCGUCUGACCUGGGGAAAUUGUUGCAACCGAAGAACAGAAUAAAAUCUGUUCCAAAUCUGGAUGUUAAAAAGUUUUUAAUGCGCUUUUGUAAAUAAACUCUUAAGACCCAACAGUUCAGAAUGAAACAGUAAACCGGUUGUUUUAAGUGUUUCAUCCGAGCAAGCUUUUAGCUUUAACGCAAUCAAGCGAUGGUACCAAGUGCUGCGGAAACUUUGCUCUGACUUUGAGCCAGAAUGAAGAUGGUUGUUGUUGCCGUUGAUCAAUCUGAGCAUCGUAACGUGAACCCCAGCGAGGCUCUGGCCUUUUUACUGACAACAUUUUGGAUAAUCUUGCAACUUAUUUGCUAUAGUUUGUGAAUGUCUCAGCACCUGCUGACUGCACAGUGAAUAUAUCCUUCCAGGGGCUCUAGAUGCAUUGUACAGUUUGAUUUAAUCAAAUGUGUAUUAUGGAACCAUUUUGUUGAAGGUUUGACUGCAGUCCUAGACGUAGAGAAAAUGAUUUGUCACUUUGUACAGCACAGCAGUACAAUAAGGAGAUCAAUGCAUCAGAAAGGAGCUGUGCGACAGAAGCGUAGCUUGCUUCCGCAGAGAGGAAAUCCGUUUUUGAAACCAUUAAAUGCGAAGAGAUUUGUUGAAAUGUGCAGAAGACGUUAGCAAAGACAUCACACAACAAUCUUCAAAUACUAUAGCUGGUUUUAAUUUUAAAAUAUGAUUUCUGUUUUCAUAAGUUGUGAAAAAAAUCCAUCAAGGUCUUAGACUACUGGCUCUCCUGUUGAUUGUACAUGUGUGUAUAUAGUAGAUUUAGAUGUUUACAAGUCACGAUAAACUAAACAUGUCGGUAACCUUAACUCCUGCUCAAGCAAAAAUCUAAUUUGUCGCUUGUUCCAUAGAUCAAGCACCUUGUGCACUUUAGUAACUUUUGUUCUCAAUCAUUAACAUGUUUGAUACGACUGUUCACUUGAGGAAGACGUAAUGUUUCAUGGUAUUUUUGUUUUUCCAUAAGGGAGGUAGAGAAUAUUCUCCUGUUAUGUAUGAUCACAAUAACGACGAUCUACCUUCCCACAGUUUUAAAUAAUUAGUUCAAGCUGUGAAUGUGUAGCUGUUGCCUUAUGAAAUAUCAAGAACACACUGAAUCUUCUGGCAGUGGAACUGAUGUAAGAUUUCCCAAAGUUCGUAAUAUAUUCAGAGAAGUUUUCGUUCCAAAAAGUUUGAAUGUAAAUAUAUGAUUGUAUUACUUUCUGAAGCUGCUGUUCUGCAGAAUCUGUGCCUUUCCUUGACGUCUUAUUUUAUAUUUCUACUCCAAGAUUUGGUGGCUCGAUCAGACUCCAUAUAUCAAAUUUUGACAAAUAAAUGCAAUUGUAAAUA